AUGGCGAUGUACAAAGUCUCCGUGGCCACCGGCGACAUGAUCCUAGCCGGCACCUACAGCAGCAUCUCCAUCACCCUGGUGGGCGAGCGGGCCGAAAGCGCCAAGCACCGCCUGGACAAGCUGGGCAGGGAUUUCGUCCCGGGAGCUGUGGACGAGUACGAGGUGCCCUGUGAGAAGGACCUGGGACCCAUCAUCCUGAUCCGCCUGCACAAGGAGCCUUACCUGUUCUUCCCCAAGGACAACUGGUUCUGCAGCUACGUCAGGGUGAAGACGCCCCGCGGGGAGACCUACCACUUCCCCUCCUAUCAGUGGCUGGAGGGCUACUGUGCCCUGAAUCUGCGCGAGGGGAGAGCCAGAACGAUCGAAGACGAUGCGGGGAGCCCUUCGCUGCUGGAGCAUCGCAAGAAAGAGCUGGCCAAACGGCAGGAAAGCUACGGCUGGAAGAAGUAUGCCCCGGGCUGGCCGAGAUGCGUGGACGCCCACACCAUCGACGACCUGCAUUCGAACUCAAAGUAUUCGCUCAGCAAAACCGCCGUCUUUGCCGUGCGCACCCUCAAGUCGGAGAUCGAACUGAGGCUGAAGGGCUUCUCCAACCUGGUGGAGUCGUGGGAGAGUCUGGAUGACCUCCGCAAAAUCUUCUGGUUUCACAAAACUCCCGUCACAGAAUACGUCAUGGACCACUGGAUGGAUGACGAGUUCUUUGGCUACCAGUUCCUCAACGGGGUCAACCCCGUCCUGCUCCGGAAGUGCACCCAGAUCCCGGAAAACUUCCCGGUGACGGACGAGAUGGUCAUUGGUAUCUUGGGGAAAUCCACCCUUGAAGAAGAACUGAAGAAGGGGAACAUCUUCAUUGCCGACUACAAGAUCCUGGAGGACAUCCCGACGUGCAAGCUGAACGGGAAGCACCAGUAUCUGGCAGCCCCGAUUUGCCUGUUGUACCUCAACUCGGAGGAGCAGAUGAUGCCGAUGGCUAUCCAGCUGAGCCAGACCCACAGCCUGGAAAGCCCCAUCUUCCUGCCCACCGACCGUAAGUGGGACUGGACGCUAGCCAAGAUCUGGGUGCGAAUGGCCAACUUCCACGUCCACGAGGUCAUCACCCACCUUCUGGAAGCCCACUUCCACUGCGAGGUCUACACCAUGGCGACUCUUCGGCAGCUCCCGAUGUGCCACCCUAUCUACAAGCUCCUGAUACCUCAUACUCGUUACACCCUCCAUAUUAAUACCCUUGCCCGAACCAGUCUCAUCCAGCCUGGCGGGGUCUUCGAUAAGGCCACAGCUACCGGUCGCGAUGGCAUGUUGAAACUGCUAGCCAAAGGGGUAGAACUCUCCAACUACACGUCCCUCUGCCUCCCCGAUGACCUUGAAGAAAGAGGGGUCUCCGACUUGCCCAAGUUCUACUAUCGGGACGAUGGGAUGAAGAUUUGGACCGCCAUCGAGAAAUUUGUCUCUGGCAUCGUUGACAUCUACUACCAAUCAGACGCCGCCGUGAAGACGGAUCCUGAGCUACAAGCCUGGAUUCACGAGAUCUUCACCGAAGCUUUCCUGAGUAGGGAAUCUUCAGGUAUCCCAUCCACCUUGGAAAGCAAAGCUCAGCUGAGCAAGUUUCUGACUAUGGUCAUCUUCAACUGCUCUGCCCGACAUUCGGCGGUCAAUAGUGGACAGUUUGACUUUGCGGCAUGGAUGCCCAACACACCAGCCACUUUGAGACAGCCUCCUCCCACAGUCAAAGGGACAGCCUCCCUGAAAAGCAUCUUGGAGACCUUUCCUGAAGUCAACUCCACUUGUGCCUUGUUGUCCCUGCUGUCCAUCGUCAGCUACGAGCCAGGAGACCUGAGACCUUUGGGCCACUACCCUGAAGAACAUUUCACGGAGGAGAUGCCCCGAAAACUUGUUUCUCAUUUCCAGAAACGCCUGGCGGUAAUUUCUGAAGAAAUCGAGGAAAGGAACCAAGCUUUGCCCAUUGCUUAUCGCUACCUCGACCCUUCGCUGAUCCAGAACAGCGUCUCCAUUUAA